AUGCUUGCUUCAGUUUUUCUAAUCUUCUAUUUGCUUUCUGGCCUUAGUUUUUCACAAGGUUACAAUUGCUAUGAAUGUUGGAGUGUUUUGACACCAGGUUGUGGUGAACCAUUCAAACCGAAUGCUACCGGGGUUUCGAUAUUAGCUGCCGGUGCCGGUCAAUUUUGUGGUGCUUGGAGAACAACUCAUGACGACGGAAGUGAAGGCAUUUCUCGGAAUGUUGUUGAUACCAGUUGGUGUAGUUUCGGUGAAAAUGCCUGUAAAACUGAGAAGAACCAAAACGUAACUGACACAAUGUGUUGCUGCUCAUCUGAAUUAUGUAACGCACAUUCCUUUAUUCCACCUCAUUCAUUUUCUUUUAUCGUUUCAUAUUCGAUUUCGCUAAUUAACCUAUCAGUUUUUGCUAGCUUUUUCUUCUAA